AUGGUGCCUCAACAGUACUGUCUGAGGUGGAAGCAUCAUCACUCUAACGUGCAGAGCAUGUUCUCUCAACUCUUGGAGAAAGAGCGUUUCUGUGACGUAACUCUGUACUGCUCGCCGAGUUUUGCAACGCAGGUCCCGAACAAAGACACCGUGGACCCGCAGAAUAUACGCGGGGUGUCCCUCAGGGCGCAUAGGGUUGUAUUGGCGGCUUGUUCGGAACUACUUGGGGCUCUCUUGGGAGCUCACGAGGCGCACGGCGAGCCUGUUUUGGUGAUAGAUGGAGCUGAACCAAGACACCUUAGAGCGUUGCUGGACUAUAUGUAUACUGGAGAGAUGAACGUACACCAUUCCCAAUUAGCUGGUCUCCUGAAGACAGCUGAGGAUUUAAGGAUCAAAGGUCUAACGGAUAUACGAUGGAACAACAAGGACGAACCACCUGACUGUUCGACAGGUGCUGUAACAACAGUUGUCGAUAAGAAGACGGAUGCUGAGAAGAUUAUAACUCAGGAGAAGAAUCCUUACGAUAUUAAGAUACAAGAUGUUCGGAGUACCAACAAGAAGAUUAAGAGGAGUGGGGAAAUAUCUGACAUAGAAGUUAGAGAUGAUGAUGACAAGGACAAAGACAAGUAUAAUUUAAAUGGCGGGCCACCACCUUUAAUUAAACUACCCACAAAGGAUAAAGUUAAUCCAGUAAAGAGGGAACAGUCUGAACCUGAGAGCCCCAGCCCCAAACGACAGAGGGUCACAAGCUGUGCUGAGAACACAGAUGAAGAAAAUGCACAGAUAAAGAUAAAAACGGAAAGGGAGCAAGAAUGGCGGCAUGGUAAUCUGGAUAUAACGGCGGAGCGUGUGGUCGGUUGGGGCGGAGGCCUGGGGGCUGCGCCCUGGUCUAGAGACGGCAGUGAUGAAGAAUGGGACCCGCCCGCUGAUAUAGGAUCCUUCUUACAUACUAAACUGAGAGUAGAUGGUGAUAAUAGUGCUGACGAGGAGUCAGACGGCAGCGCGUGCGCACCUCACGCUUCAUCAUCAUCUUCUACAGCGAGCACGGCGCAUAUAGACUAUGUUAAACCGAACAAAACAAGUAAACAAGACCCUCGCUUUACUGACGUGGUUAAAUUGAACGACUACCUUCAACACGGCAGGAGACCACAAUUCUGGGAAGAGAAUUACGUAAAGAGGGUCAUGGAGGCAGUUCGUCUCAAGGAAUUGGAAAUGAAGCAGGCGGCUGAGAUCUUAGGAGUGAGCUACGGCACGCUGUACGGACGAUAUAGAGACGUAUACGGCUGUAUCAACAGGCCCUACAGGACAGCUCGUGAUGUGUGGCAGGCGAAGGGUCCGUCGGCUAUAAUGGAGCGUGUCCAGCGAGGUGACCUCUCGUUACAAACGGCCGCGUUGGCGUUAGGGGUCAACCCCGCUAACUUGGCUAGUUAUGUGGCUGAUGUGGCUGAGGGAGAUAAAGACUGGGAGGUGGAGUUGGAUCCGGCUGUGAAGGUCUCGCGCUCCUUCACCGCUACCACUAACACUAAGACGAGGAAAAUUGAUAAGGUCCCUGGAAAGAAGCUGAGCGGCGUGGCGGAUGAUGACUUAAUACCAACGAACGUCACCCACGACGCCACAGCGGCACACUCUACCAAUACAGGCAAGUGGCCGUCUAUCCGCCUGGCGAGCCUCGAGUCCCUCAGGUCGCCCCCGUCGCCCCCCAGCGGGCCCCCCUCCCCCUGCGCGCCCUCUUCCCUGCCCCCCGCGGGCCCCCUCGCCGGGCCCCCCGCCUGCGUCUCUACGGGGGCCCCGGCAGGCCCCCCGCCGUCCCCCUCCCAGCUGAUGAGGACCCGCCCCGACCUCACCAUCGUCGCAGCUAGAAAAGACUCGUGA